AUGGAUUUAUUCAGUACAGACGGAUCCUAUCAUGAAAGAUAUAAGAGGGUAGACCAAUGUCAUGCACAGUACACAGGAAUCAUCAAUAGUCAUGACAACCUCCUCGACAAACAGAACUUGUUCAACGAAGAUGUGGAACACAUCAGAUUGGUCCGUGAGAAACUGUACUCUGUCUUCAGUCCCAGAGAGAGUUGCUCUUCAGAGGUGGAGCUGAGUGACUCGAGCGAUGCUAGUGAACACACAGGGAGUGCCCAUUCCUUCGGAGGGAAGGAAUGGCAGAGAGGACUGGCAAGCAGCCCAGCCAGUGACCCAUAUCAAGCACUGCCGAAUGCAUCUACAAAUGAAGGCUUCUCAGGGCAAGGAUCAAUAGACAAUGACAUAAAUCCUUCAAGACUUCAGCAUGAUGAACCCCAUGUAGAUGAAGAAACCAAGAAUGGCCCCCCUUGCUCAAAACUGAUCCAUGGGGCAAGUGAUUCAGAAGCCACGGGUUGUGUCAACAUGGACGAGGAAGAAGUGAUCAAGUUGUUGAUGAGCAGAGAGGUCCAGGAGACAACAGAGUAUCUUCAAAAGCAGGUGGGUGACAUGGUUGCAGUUUUAGAGGCCUGUGAUAUAGUGGAACAUUUGGUCCUCAGAAACACAGGGCUGACUGAUGACUUGCUUGGGUCUCUAGCAACAGCGCUCAUGAAAAGCCAGUCUGAAGUGGAAAUGAUUAACCUGAACCUCAAUAACAUUGGCCCACAAGGAGCCUGUAUUCUCACACAUCUGCUGAAGGCUAAGCCACAGGUCAAAGGUCUGCUGUUAUUUGGAAACAAGCUGGGAGAUGAUGGAAUCUGCAUAUUAAUAAACAGACUGACAGAGCUUCAUAUCCCAGAAGAAAAUGAGAAGCAGAUCUCUGUAUCACCACUGCCAGCAGAAAACGAACACAGCCUAAGUGAAGGAAAGGGCUUCCUCUUAUCAGAACUAGACAUUGGGGGCAAUCAAAUUACCUGUAAAGGAAUAGAGUGUGUGGCAUCUUUCAUAAGACAACAACCCCCACUCCAGUAUUUGGGAAUAGCCCAAAGCAAUGGAGUGGAUACUGCAGGAUGGAAAGUUUUAUUUGAUAGUUUAAAGAUAAAUUCUAGAAUCAGUCAUGUAAUUCUAGAUGAAAAUCAGCUGGGCGAUGAAGGAGCGAUUCUGUUUGCUGAUAUGUUAAGAGCUAAUCAGUGUCUUUGCAAGGUAGAUCUGGACUGGAAUGGUAUUGGAGAAGAAGGUGGCAAUGCCAUUCUGGAAUCUUUGCAGUCUCGGAUUGGAUGUUCCUUGGAACACUUAAGCUUGGAAGGGAAUAUGAUUAGUGAAGAACUGUUAAAGAAAAUCAGUCAACAACUAAAACCAAGGUCUACCUAAUCAUGGUUUCUGAAAAUACUUUUAUUUUGAAAUGCUUUAAGAAACUAAGGUUAAACUAGUUUGUGCAUUUAGUUAAAUGAGCAAUUCUUGAUUUUAUUUUAUUUACGUAUGAUGACUGUUUAUUCUUCAGCACAGUAACAUUAUGUGUUUACCCCCCAACUUAUUAUAAAUGCUGUGUUACCCUGAACAUGGCAAACUAAACUAUCGGACUACAUUUCAGGAGCAAACUGGAAAGAUGACUUUAUAUAUAUAUAUAUAUUGUUUAAAAUAUCCAUACCAGUAACACACGCACAGGUGUUCCUAAGAAGUCUAUAAAAUGUACCACUGCUUUGCCAUUUGUGUAGCGUAUUUACAGUGUUUCCCCGUACGUGCUUUAAAAUAGAAACAUCCUCAAAGUUCAUUAAAAGAUCCAUUCUGAUGGGUCUGAUGCAACAUACAUUAGGUUCACUUACUACUAAUUGUA